AUGAAGAAUAGCAUAAGGGGAUGCAUAUCAUGCAUCCUACCAUGCGGGGCAUUGGACGUGAUACGUAUAGUUCACUCCAAUGGCAGAAUUGACGAUCUCACUACUCGCACCAUCAACGCUGCUGACGUCAUGAGAGCUCAUCCUAACCAUAUCCUCAAGAAAUAUUCUCCCUCCGACCUUCUCAUCAUUCCUCCCCACGCUGACCUCUAUCGCGGCAACAUCUACUUCCUCGUUCCCCUCCCUCCCCUCCCCCUCCCAAUCAACACGCUACAGCAAAGAACAAUAGAAACUGUUCUUCUUAGUUGCGCCUUUCUAUAUGGCAUCUUCUGGGUAUUUGUCUCUAAGUGGUGGUUCCAUGAGAGCGUAAUGAUAGUGGUAGCUCGAGGCGAUAGGAGUGGAGAAGAUGGUAUCUCCAUGCUGCUUAGCAUAAUUGGUUUUGGGGACAUAAUCUUAUCGGGGCUUCUAGUCGCAUUUUCACUAAGGUAUGAUUGGUUGGCAAAGAGGAACCUUCGGUCUGGAUACUUCGUGUGGGCAAUGAGUGCUUACGGUUUAGGUCUCCUUCUAACAUAUGUUGCUUUGAACUUGAUGGAUGGGCAUGGUCAACCAGCAUUGCUUUAUAUCGUCCCGUUUACUCUUGGCACAUUUUUGUUAUUGGAAAAGAAGAGAGGUGAACUCAAUCUUUUAUGGAUAAGAGGAGAACCAGAAAUGCCUUGCCCUCAUAACCAAGAGUCUCAACAAUGA